AUAUUGAAUACAGCUGAUGGUUCAUUACUACGUACUUUGGUCGGAUUUACCAAACCAAUCAUGAGUGUUGCUUACAGUGUUAUGAAUGGAUUAAUAGCAGCUACAUCUGAAGACACUUUGAUUCAUAUCUGGAAUAUGAAUAGUAAUAUUGAUGACAAGUUAACAGAAGACACUCCAGCACUCACCUUAAUAGGUGACAACAGUGGGUCUGUAAGUUGUUGUUCAUUCAACACCGAGGGCAGUAGACUAGUCACUGGUACCAGAGAUGCUAUGUUAAUUGUGUGGGAUGUGAGUUAUUCUAAUAUCCAGGGUAAAACUGAACUAAAACCUUUAAAGACAUUACAUGCAUGCCAUCAAGACUGGAUUAAUGACUGUGCCUGGUCAGAUCUGGGUGAUAUUGUG